AUGUUUCGGUCCAUCCGACGCUGCCAGGUUGCACCUCAGACUGUCCAGGAGCUCAGUGAUGCCCUGGUCCAGAUGUGGGAGGAGAUACCCCAGGACACCAUCCGUUUUCUCAUUAGGAGCAUGCCCCGAUGUUCCUCCAACACAUUAUCGAUCAUCAGACCAAUCACUGGAUCCCUCUCAGGGAAAGUAAAUCUUCCCUGCCAUUUCUCCACCAUCUCAAACUUAGCACCAGUCAUCAGUCCCAAUGGAAUUGCCAUUAAUAGCAGAGAUUACAUGCGGAUUAAAUGGACUAAAAUGGAGGGAGAAGAAGAAUCCACAGUGCUGGUUGCACAAAAUGGGGUCAUCAAGAUAGGCUCCAGCUACAGGAACCGUGUAUCAGUGCCCAGUCACCCUGAGGAUGUUGGUGACGCCUCACUAACAAUGGUCAAGCUGCGUGCCAGUGAUGCGGGCACGUAUCGCUGUGAGGUUAUGUACGGCCUUGAAGACACCCAGGAUACAGUUAACCUUGAUGUAAAUGGUGUUGUUUUUCACUACCGGGAAAGCAUCAGAAGGUAUACAUUGGACUACCAGAAUGCUGUCAGAACUUGCCAAAAUAUUGGAGCAACCAUUGCUACAUAUGACCAACUGAAAGCAGCCUAUGAGGAUGGCUUUGAUCAGUGUGAUGCCGGCUGGAUUGCUGACCAGACAGUGAGAUACCCAAUUACAAAGCCAAGGAAAGGAUGCUAUGGCAACCUCCAGACUAAACCUGGCGUUAGGUCAUAUGGAACCAGGAAACCCACGGAGACCUAUGAUGUAUACUGUUAUGUAGAUAAACUUAAUGGUGAAGUGUAUUAUGCCCCUGUGAUCCAUAAGAUGACUUUUGAGGAGGCCCGUGAAGAGUGCAAGAAGAGGAAGGCUGUUUUGGCAACCCCUGGCCAGCUCCAUGCUGCCUGGCGACAGGGCCUCGACAGAUGUGACUAUGGCUGGCUCUCUGAUGGCAGUGUACGACAUCCUGUUGCAGUACCCAGAGUGCAGUGUGGGGGAGGCCUGCUUGGCGUCAGAACCAUGUAUCGUUACAGAAACCAGACUGGCUUCCCAGAACCAACUAUGAAGCUUGGAGCUUACUGUUUUAAAGGAUUACACUCAUGUACAGAGGACAUUUGUCUGAAUGGAGGAUCUUGCUACAAAAUUGGCAGCAUCUAUACCUGUAGCUGUGUUCCUGGUUACACCGGUGGACGCUGUGAG